CCGCCGCCGCCCACAAGCCUCAGGCAGGUGCCGACGCGGCCGCGCUCGAGCCCGCGGAGAGGAGCCGUUAGCUAGCGCGCGAUUCGUCCGUCCGUCCGUCCGUCGGGGCGUCCCUUAGUCGGCUUGCCGCAGUUCCUGCCCAGGCCCAGCGGCCGCGGCCCCUCGUCGUCCCCGCCCCCGGAGCCCCCCGGCACAGCCGGGUUUGGAGCGGCAGCCAUGUCCAUGGGCCUGGAGAUCACGGGCACCGCGCUGGCCGUGCUGGGCUGGCUGGGCACCAUCGUGUGCUGUGCGCUGCCCAUGUGGCGGGUGACGGCCUUCAUCGGCAGCAGCAUCAUCACCGCACAGAUCACCUGGGAGGGCCUGUGGAUGAACUGCGUGGUGCAGAGCACCGGCCAGAUGCAGUGCAAGGUGUACGACUCGCUGCUGGCGCUGCCGCAGGACCUGCAGGCGGCCCGCGCCCUCAUAGUGGUCGCCAUCCUCCUGGGCGCUUUUGGGCUCCUCGUGGCGCUCGUGGGCGCCCAGUGCACCAACUGCGUGCAGGACGACACCGCCAAGGCAAAGAUCACCAUCGUGGCGGGCGUGCUCUUCCUGCUGGCCGCCCUGCUCACCCUCGUGCCGGUGUCCUGGUCGGCCAACACCAUCGUCCAGGAUUUCUACAACCCCCUGGUGCCCGAUUCGCAGAAGCGCGAGAUAGGCUCUGGCCUGUACGUGGGCUGGGCGGCCGCGGCGCUGCAGCUCCUGGGGGGCGCGCUGCUGUGCUGCUCGUGCCCGCCGCAGGAGAAGAAAUACGUGCCCACCAAGAUCCUCUACUCGGCGCCGCGCUCCGCUGGGCCAGGCACGGGCACCGGCACAGCCUACGACCGCAAGGACUACGUCUGA